ACCGAUCGUAGUAUGGAUACUUUAUUUACUUCACAAAUAGAGAAAGAUGAAACGAUAGAUAAUUUUAAAAGCAAACCAAGCAGAAAACCUGUCCAACGUCCUCCUAGACCUGAGAGACCCAUAGCAGAACCUGGUUUUGCUUCUUCGCCUAGUCAUCCAGAAGUUAAAGACGUCCCGCAAAAAGAGAAUCUAAAAUAUGACAUAGAUGUUAUUGAGACGGAAUCAAACAUCAAAAUAAUUGAGGAAGAAGUAGACUUGCUUAACUUAAAUACUAAACCUUCUACAACAGAAAAUGUUAUUAAACACUCAGCAAGUUCGAAUUUUGAUCUCCUUAGCGGUUUAGAUGAUAGCCGAUUAAAUGAUUUUUCAACAUUCAACACGAAUCAAUCGAAUAACAAUAACAAGCCUACUAAAUCUAGUACCAAAAGUGAUACGUUUGAUCCUUUUGGGUCUUUAGGAGCUGCCCAAGAUAGCACAAACCUGUUAGGUAAUUGGAAUGGAUUCUCAAAUGCUAGUCCGCAAUCAUCAAAUAAUAAUAAACAAACAACUGGAACAUCAGUUUCACAAGAUAAUUUACGACAGAAUAGCGAUUUCUUUGCCGAUUUUGGAAAUUUGACUGACGCUUCAUCCAGUUUACAUAAUGUUACUUCUCAAACAUCUCUUGCGUCGGGUAGUGGUAAUAGAACUCCAAAUGAGGCUCCCAAUACUCCUUAUAAUCAGUCAGCUUCCACAACACCGCAACAUCAUAGCAAGUCAACUGGAGCUCCAGAUUAUAACAGGUAA